AUUUUGAACACUACCUUCGCGUUCUAGUUCAUGUUCCAUCAUGUUCAUGAUAGACGCUUGAUGACGCUUGGCUUGGUGACUCCAUUUUCUUGAGCAUUCCGUUUUGUCUCAUUUUUCUGUGCGCGGUCAAGUUUGCUGCUUUUCCGAUACCAUGUCCUUCAAUCGAGGAAUAAAGCGAGAUUCCUUCGGGAAUAGGAAUUUCAACAAUCGAGGAGGCGGUGCUGGAGGUGGCGGCGGUGGAGGAAGACUUGGUAACAUGGGUGGAGGCGGAGGUGGCAUGGGUGGUGGAGGUGGUAUGGGUGGCGGAAUGGGAGGAGGUGGCGGCGGCGGAGGCGGCGGCGGAAUGAAUCCUUGGGAAGGAGGAAUGAUGCCAGGCAGAGGAAUUUUACCGACUCCGAAUAAUAAUCUGUCCUUAGCAUCGCCACAAGCACAGUUAGCAAUAGCCAGUAAUCUUCUUACGAACUUGCUUCGCAGCCAACAAGAUGUUCAGCCACAGGUACCAUCGCUCCUCAGUCUUGGCAAUAAUUUUUCUGGACCAGGACCAAAUUUUUCGAAUCAACAAAACUUUCAGUCAGGGCGUUUUAACGAUCGUCCCGUAAGGCACACUAUGAAGAAUCAACGACCUCAACCGUAUAACAAGAUGGGCAAUCGCGCCCGUGAUGGCCCUGCUGGGCGACGUGGUCCAUCCGCACAACAAUCUCGUGCACCCCAGUCUGGCAGUCAGCGUAUGAAUGGAAACCAAACACAACAUCGCAACGAUAAAUCUUCUAAACCAAUUCCUGCCUCUAAACAAAAUCAGACUGCCAAAAAGGAACAGCAGGACGUUAAGACCUCUGAUAAUGAAAAAGCAGAAGCACCUGUUGUAAAAAGGGAGGAAACCGACGAAUCCGAAGACAAGAAGCGCGAUUGGAAGGAUGAGAAGAAGGAAUCUGAGAACGUUCAAGUUAAUGAGUCUGAUGAAACUGAGAAAUCUCAAGAAGAUAGCGAACAAAAAGCAGACAAAUCUGGUACCGAUGAGACAGGAAAAGAAGGAGCUGGAUCUACCGAGAAGGAUACAAAGAUGAGUGGCAAGAAAUCCGAAGCUAGGCAUGCCGAGAGUCGUUACGCAGAUGUCCCAAUGAGUCAUAUGUUCUGUCACAUUUGUAACAAACAUAUGUGGGAUGGAUAUUCCUUCGAGAAUCAUUUACGAGGACGAGCGCAUCAGUUAAUGAUGGAAAAAUUAGAUGAAUCGUACAAAUUGAAAGUCGACCUGAUGAGGCAUGAAUUAAGAGUAGCGGAAGAACAACGUGAACUGAGUUUGACUAAUUCGAAACGUCGUGGAAAGAAAGUUUCCGUGGAUCUUAACGUAAGAGAAUACUGUACGAUGUGCGAUUUGAACUUCUACGGAACAUUGUCAACGCAUAGGAAGAGCGAAAAGCAUCAGCAACUAAAAACAUUUUUACACCCUAGAUGUUUCCCUUGCCUAAAGGAAUUCCCUUCGCGUAUCGAAUACGAUGAACAUUGUCUGACGCCUGCGCAUAUGAAGAAAGCUGUGCAAUGCGAAGAGCAACGGAAAAAUAAGAAGAAAGAAAAACUUGCGAAAGGAGAAGCUGAAGUGCGUACCGUUGAAGAUGAAGAAAAAGAUGUCGGCACUGAUAUUAAAGCCGAAAAAGAAGAAGAAGCUGUAGUAGGAGAACAACAAGAAUAUAUUACAGAUAUCACAGAAAACUUGAGCGAGAAAAAGUUUAGGAUACCAUCCUAUAAAUAUUGUCGACAGAAUCAAAUUUCUAUAGGAAAAUCUUUGGUAAAAGAAGUCCAAGGAUUUUAUUGUGAAAAGUGUAGAAGAUUCAUGCUGUUAGCUGAUGAUAUGAACGCUCAUUUGCGUAGUAUUACGCACUACCGAAAUUUUGUGCAAGAAGUAAAAGCUCUAACUACAACUCCUGAAAAUGCUGAAAAGCCGGCGGAAAAGACUGAGGGUGAAGAAAAUACAUCAGAAAAUAACAAGGAAUACGAAGGAAAUUGGAAACGUCGCAAAGUUGCUCACUUCGAAGAAGAAGAUAAUGGGGAGAUGAAAGAAGGACAAGAAAAUAGUAAUGAAGAUGCAAACGAACAAAAGAAAGCUGACGGGGAUGAGAAAUAUGAUCCACUUGAAGCUGACGCGGAAUCCGAGGAAGAAGAGCAUCAUGAAACUGAAGAUAGUGGUGAACAAGAUUCGCAAAAUGCCUCAAAUACUCAAGAAAAAAAAACGCCAGUUGAAAAAAUGUGGGCUGACAUUGAUAAUGACAAUGAUGCGGAAAUAGGUAAUUUAAUUGAUGAUGGCGACGAAAAAGAACACGUUGAACUUGAAAAACCCACACCGAAAUUAGACAAAGCUCAAAGUCCUCAAGUGAAACCAACCCGUGGUCGAGGUUUUGCUCGUGGUCGUGGCGGUACUCCUCGAGCACGAAGAGCUCGGCGAUAAAGUGAUCUCUAUUCCAAAAUUGGAGUAAGCUUGGGUAUAUUAUAGAAUUAUUACUAAUACUUACCGCUAUAUGACUAUUAGAUAUCACUAAUUUGACUGAUUUAUACGAGUCAUUUAUGUUGACGUAAUUUGACUUAUUCACCUUACCUUUUUAUAUGCAUGAAACAAAAAUUCACAUGCAACCGUAAACAAGAAGGAAAUAAUUAUUUAUUAUCCAAGCUUAUUCAAGAGUUUUAUUACUUAGAACGAACGUAUACAGAUUUGUAGUGUAUACAAAUUUUUGAACUAAACGAUAGAUUUGAAGUCAAGGAAGCGAAAUAAAAAGCUAUACUCGUAUAUCUUGUAACUAUUCUGUAUAAGGAAUUCCUAUUAAUAUUCAAGUAAAUGAAAUGUGUCGAUGGUUUUUUAAAUAAUAACCAUAAUAUGAAACUAUUCUAAGGUUCGUUCUUAUUAGGCAAGUGUUAAUGAAAAAUCUAAAGUAUCUUGCAAUAAAAAUUAAGAUAUUAAUGCAUA